AUGGACUAUUAUCACGAACUAAUACAAAAAAUCGGACAUCAUGAAAGAUACAAGACAAUUCUGGGUGCAGCAGUAGCAUCAGUAACCACAAUCUAUCUUCUCAAAAGAGUUAUAAGCGGUAUGUCCAAGAAAAAACCUGUUGAAUUCAAGGGUAUCCCUGUUCCCAAGGGAGAAUACUUUUAUCUUGGACAUGCACCGUUAUUAGGCAAGAGACCAGGAGAAGUUAUUACCAAAUGGCACCAAGAGUAUGGUCCAAUCAUUAGGAUAAAGAUGGGUGUUCAAAACUGGUUAUUACUUGGUGAUCCUCAAGUCGCUCAUGAAAUCCUUGUCUCUAAAGGAUUAGUGACAGCAGGUAGACCAGAACACACGUUCUUGGGAAAAAUUCAUGGAAAGGGCGGAAGAGGAGUUGUUAUGGUAGACUAUGGGGAGAAAUGGAAGGACGCUCGAAAUGCACUUUUACAUAUCCUUUCGCCAAAAUCAGUCGAUAGUUUAUCAAGUAUAAUCGAAAGAGAAGCCGAAAAAGGCGUAAAGUAUAUUGUGGAACUUGCAAAAUCGGAUGGAGCGAUUAAUCCACUUGAUUUUUCUCGUUUUAUUGCAAUGAAUCUGAUGUUCUCUGUCGCGUUCAAUAUCCCUGGUACAGAGUCUUUUGAUGAUCCUACGUUUAAAGAAAUGUUGCAUUUCGUAGAGAGAAAUGCUCAUUUCAUUGACCUGUCUAACGAUGCCAGUGUCAUGUUUCCCAUCAUGAAGUUGCCAGAAGCAUUAUUUGGAAAAGAGAAAAAGAUGAAGCGUUAUGUGGAUGAUGAGUAUUUCCCUUUUAUGAGACGAAUUAUCAAACGCGCUCGUGAAAGCGAUGGCGAUAGCCUAGUAAAGAAGGUUGAUAGCAUAAAGAAUGAACAUCGUAUCGAUGAAAUAGGUGUAACCGUUCUUAUGAGUGAGAUUCUUUCUGCAGGAUCCGAUACUGUAGCCCUCAGCAUGACAUGGUCUAUUGCGCUUCUCUGCAACUAUCCUGAUGUUCAAGAAAAGAUUUAUCAAGAAAUCAAGACUUUUAUUAAAGAGCAUGGGCGCCAUCCAACCUUUGCUGACAGGGAAGCAAUGCCUUACUUUAUUGCAUUUCAAAAGGAAUGUGUCAGAUAUCGUCCUGGAAUGGAUUUAGGCAUGCCUCACAAGGCUACGGAGGACUUUCUCUACAAGGACAGUCUUAUACCAAAGGGCACCAUACUAGUUUCUAACCUUCAUACCUUACACAGCGAUCCAAACAACUUUGCUGAUGCAGAUAAAUUCAUGCCUGAGCGAUAUCUAAAUGAUACACGAUCAAUGUAUGCCGCAAGCAAAGGCAACUAUCAAACACGAGAUCAUUACACUUUUGGAUGGGGCAGACGUAUCUGUCCAGGCAUUUACAUGGCUGAAGGUGAAAUGUUUUAUACCAUAACGAAAUUAAUAUCAAGAUGUAUCAUUAAGCCAGAACUGUCGUCAACAGGAGAAGAGCUCUAUCCUGAUUUACAAUGUGGUAUUAAUACCGGUAUCAGUAUUACACCUGUGCCUUUCAAAAUUCGCUUAAUUAAGCGUGAUAUUGAUAAUAAUAAUUAA